GCAAAAAAAGGUGUGAAAAGGAAAGCUGAAACUCCAAUUCCUACUACGUCAACAGUCACAGAAAGCAGUGACUCUUCUGCAAUGCUUAAUGAAAGAAGAGCUGUUAAGGCAUGCAGUCAUGAAAACGAAUGUAAGGCACCAAAUAAGCUUCUGAAGAAAUAUUUGCCAGAUUCUCAACACUCCCAUAAAACUACAAAAAAGAUUUGGUUGCCAGAACAACUAAAACAUUGUAACAAAAUACUUAAAGAAAUGUUUUCAAAGAAACAUGCAGCAUAUGCGUGGCCUUUCUUGAAACCUGUAGAUGCUGCACCUUUCUCACACGGUGAGAACCAAGAGAUCACCAAACAUCCUACAGACCUGGGAACCAUUAAAAAGAAAAUGGAUAACUUUGAAUAUAGCAAUAUACAAGAAUUUGCUGUGGAUGUUAGAUCAAUGUUUAUGAGCUGCUACAGAAAUAAUCCUCCAGACCAUGAAAUAGUUGCUAUGGCAAGAAAACUUCAGGAUGUUUUUGAGAUGCACUUUGCCAAAAUUCCCAAUGAAGCUGUUGCAAGUGUUUCUCUGCCACAGCCUACAAGAGAAAUUACAGCAGUUUAUUCCAGUGAGAGUAGUAAAGAUGAUUCUUCAGUAGAAAAAUCAUCUGAAUACUCUGAACAGGAGGGAACAGUGCGCCUUGAAAAGCUUCAGGAGCAUCUUAAAGCUGCUGACCAGCAGUUUCCGGCUUUGACCAAAGGAUGCUCACCUGCACUGAAAAACAAAAGAGGGAAGGCUGAAAAGAAGAAAAGUGAAAACAAGGGAAAAGCCAGAUUAAAAAGUCUGAUUGAAAUGAAGAAAAACCUCGAACAGAAGAAGAAAUGGAAGAAAAAGCUGCCUAUGAACAUUCAUUCAAAUAAAACCAUGCAGAAGGUCUUGUUGGCACCUAAGUCAGAAGAUGAAGAUGGUGCCAAGCCUAUGAAUUAUGAUGAAAUGCGACAGUUGAGUUCAAACAUAAAUAAACUCCCAGGAGACAAACUCUGGAAAGUUGUCCAUAUAAUACAGUCAAAGGAACCUUUACUGAGGAACCUGAACUCUGGUGACGUAGAAAUAGACUUUGAGACUUUAAAGUCUUCAACGCUCAGAGAGCUAGAGAAAUACGUGGCCAACAGUUUGAGGAAGACACCAAGAAAGCAGGAGGCUAAAAAACCAACCAUGUCAAAAGAACAACUUAAUUCUGAGUGGAAAAAAAAGCUAGAGGAAAGACUACUGGACAUCAAUGGCCAACUAAACUCAGCGAAGAAGAAAUUGAAAU